CUUGGGUUACGUCAUUUCUUCCUCUUCAAAAUCAAGACCCGAAUUUCUUCUUAUUGGGACCUGAAGGACAAAUAUAAAGCUAUGCCUAAUGUCACAGGACUGUACUGCCUCCUACUCCGGAGGCUAAGACAAGAGUGAAAAAUUCAAGGCCAACCUGGACAAUUUAUCCAGACCCUGUCUCAAAGAGAGAACCGGACGUAUCAGUCAGUGCCAAAGCGCUUCGGCGUGGUUGAAGCACUUAUUUCAGUCCAGGGUACCGUUAAAGAAGGCAUGCCGAUCUAUACGCGAUAACAAUAAGAACAUUUGAUUGGUGCACACCUGCAAGACUGGCAAAUCCCCUGAUUUCAAGACCACCUUGCUCCGUUUCAAAAGGCCGAAAAACGAACCUUUGAGGGCUUUGCCAAUAGAACCCAAAAUGUCUGCCUCCUGAAGCCAAUAGUCAACCCUGUCACGUGACACUCCAUGUCCUAGCUUUCUUGAGCAUUGCAUCAGCCGAGCCCAGGAGCCUUCCCAGAAACCGGCUUGUUAGCUCAUUCGCGCUCCGAAUGAUUGGCAUGCCAGUGGACCAAUCAUAUCAGAGGAUGACAAGGCGUAGCGGGUCACUUUUCAUCAGAGCGCUCUGAUUGGAUGGUGAGGUACGGCUCUGGCACCGGUUGUGGCGGUUCCCGAGGAGACUUUCCGAAAUGGAUGCCACUUUAACAGCACGAGAGAUCCGAGAGCGGUUUAUAAAUUUCUUCAGACGAAAUGAGCACACCUAUGUCCACUCUUCCGCCACCAUCCCUCUGGAUGACCCCACUCUGCUCUUCGCCAACGCUGGCAUGAACCAGUUCAAACCCAUCUUCCUAAACACAAUCGACCCAUCUCACCCUAUGGCGAAGCUGAGCAGAGCUGCCAAUACCCAGAAAUGCAUCCGAGCUGGGGGCAAGCACAACGACCUGGAUGACGUGGGCAAGGAUGUCUACCACCACACUUUCUUUGAGAUGCUGGGCUCCUGGUCUUUUGGGGACUAUUUCAAGGAAUUGGCAUGUAAGAUGGCCCUGGAACUUCUUACCCAGGAGUUUGGUAUUCCAGUUGAAAGACUCUAUGUCACUUACUUUGGUGGUGAUGAGGCGGCCGGCCUAGAGCCAGAUCUGGAGUGCAGACAGAUUUGGCAAAAUUUAGGACUGGAUGAAGCCAGAAUCCUCCCUGGCAACAUGAAGGACAACUUCUGGGAGAUGGGUGACACAGGCCCCUGUGGUCCCUGCAGCGAGAUCCACUAUGACCGCAUUGGUGGCAGGGACGCCGCACACCUUGUCAACCAGGAUGACCCCAAUGUGCUGGAGAUCUGGAACCUCGUGUUCAUCCAGUAUAACAGGGAGUCGGAUGGUGUUCUGAAACCUCUUCCCAAGAAAAGCAUCGACACAGGGAUGGGCCUAGAGAGGCUGGUGUCUGUGCUGCAGAACAAGAUGUCCAACUACGACACCGACCUUUUCAUGCCUUACUUCGAAGCCAUUCAGAAGGGCACCGGCGCCCGGCCGUAUACUGGGAAGGUUGGUGCUGAGGAUGCAGACGGAAUCGACAUGGCCUACCGGGUUCUGGCUGACCACGCCCGGACCAUCACUGUGGCGCUGGCUGAUGGCGGCCGGCCUGACAACACAGGACGGGGGUACGUGCUGAGACGGAUCCUUCGCCGAGCUGUUCGGUAUUCCCAUGAGAAACUGAAUGCCAGCAGGGGUUUCUUCGCUACAUUGGUUGAUGUUGUCGUUCAAUCCCUGGGAGACGCAUUUCCUGAGCUGAAGAAGGACCCAGAGAUGGUGAAGGACAUCAUUAAUGAAGAAGAGGUGCAGUUUCUCAAGACUCUCAGCCGAGGGCGGCGCAUCCUGGACCGAAAAAUUCAGAGCUUAGGAGACUGCAAAACCAUCCCAGGUGACACCGCUUGGCUCCUCUAUGAUACUUAUGGAUUCCCAGUGGACCUCACUGGAUUGAUUGCUGAAGAGAAGGGCCUGGUGGUAGAUAUGAAUGGCUUUGAGGAAGAGAGGAGACUGGCCCAGCUGAAGUCACAGGGCAAGGGAGCAGGGGACGAAGACCUCAUCAUGCUGGACAUUUACGCUAUUGAAGAGCUCCGGGCAAAGGGUUUGGAGGCCACAGAUGAUUCUCCAAAGUAUAACUACCAAUCAGACUCCAGUGGUAGCUACGUGUUUGAGUGUACAGUGGCUACCGUGCUUGCUCUGCGUCGGGAAAAGAUGUUUGUGGACGAGGUGGUCACUGGCCAGGAGUGUGGAGUGGUGCUGGACAAGACCUGUUUCUAUGCGGAGCAAGGAGGGCAGAUCUACGAUGAAGGCUACUUGGUGAAGGUCGACGACAGCAGUGAGGACAAAACCGAGUUUACAGUGAAGAACGCUCAGGUCCGAGGCGGGUACGUGCUGCACAUAGGAACGAUAUAUGGUAACCUGAAAGUGGGGGAUCAAGUCCGGCUGUUUAUUGAUGAGCCCCGGCGGAGACCCGUCAUGAGCAACCACACAGCUACACACAUCCUCAACUUCGCCUUGCGCUCGGUGCUUGGGGAAGCGGACCAGAAAGGUUCACUGGUUGCUCCUGACCGCCUUCGGUUUGACUUCACUGCCAAGGGAGCCAUGUCCACCCAGCAAAUCAAGAAGGCUGAAGAGAUUGUCAAUGGCAUGAUUGAGGCAGCUAAGCCUGUCUACACCCAGGAUUGUCCCCUGGCAGCAGCAAAAGCCAUCCAGGGCCUUCGAGCUGUGUUUGAUGAGACCUAUCCUGACCCCGUUCGAGUCGUCUCCAUUGGGGUCCCCGUGUCAGAGCUGCUGGAUGACCCGUGUGGGCCUGCUGGCUCCCUUACUUCUGUUGAGUUCUGUGGAGGAACACAUCUACGGAAUUCUAGCCACGCAGGCGCUUUUGUGAUAGUGACAGAAGAAGCUAUUGCCAAGGGUAUCCGGAGGAUUGUUGCUGUCACAGGUGCUGAAGCCCAGAAGGCUCUCAGGAAGUCAGAAACCUUGAAGAAAUCUCUCUCUGCCAUGGAGGCCAAAGUGAAGGCCCAGACUGCACCCAACAAGGACGUGCAGAGGGAAAUUGCUGACCUCGGUGAGGCCCUGGCCACUGCAGUCAUCCCCCAGUGGCAGAAAGAUGAACAACGAGAGACUCUGAAGUCCCUGAAGAAAGUCAUGGAUGACCUAGACCGGGCCAGCAAAGCCGAUGUGCAGAAGCGAGUGUUAGAGAAGACAAAGCAGCUGAUUGACAGCAACCCCAACCAGCCGCUGGUCAUCCUGGAGAUGGAGAGUGGAGCAUCGGCCAAGGCCCUGAAUGAAGCGUUGAAGCUUUUCAAGACGCAUUCUCCUCAGACAUCUGCCAUGCUGUUCACGGUGGACAAUGAGGCUGGCAAGAUCACGUGCUUGUGCCAGGUUCCCCAGAAUGCAGCCAACCGGGGACUGAAAGCCAGCGAGUGGGUCCAGCAGGUUUCAGGCCUGAUGGAUGGUAAAGGCGGUGGCAAGGACAUGUCCGCCCAGGCCACAGGCAAGAACGUGGGCUGCCUUCAGGAAGCACUGCAGCUGGCUACCUCCUUUGCCCAGCUCCGUCUGGGAGAUGUGAAGAACUGAUGGGAGGGAAGCCCUCUCGGGAAAGCAACUCGCCAUCAACCAGACAUGUCCGAAGGCGGGAAUUCAGCCAGGAGCUCUCCUCCCGCCACGAAGACAUUGGAGUCAUGGGACCUCUCAGCAGCCCUGUCCGUCCUGAUCCAGCGGUAAUGGGAACACGCCUGGAGCUGUCCUGUGAUUCAUUGCCCCCCUCCAUUACUGCUCUGAGCCCAUUCAUGUCAGCACCAUCUGUCUAAAAUCACUACCCAGGAAUGCUUUUUAACGUCAUGAUCACAUCUAGAUGAGGUCACUCUGCCAGCCUGAGGCUUUAGGUCUGCAGAGGAAGGAAGCCUUUUCUCUGCAGAAAAUAAAAAGGACCAUGUGCAAUACUUGGUGAUGUCAUGCGCUCUGCUUCUUGUCCUGAGGUGAGCCCUGGCUCCUGUAUAUCUGUUACGGUUCCAGCCUGUUUCUGGUUGAUGGUAUCACCGAAUAGACUCCCAGACUCCUGAAAGUUCAGGAAAUUCAAUAGAAGGGUGGAGGAAAAUAAUUCUGAGUUGCUUCCAGUGGAGAACCACUGUUCUUAGUCUCUUAGGACAACCUCCACCAUGCCUGUCCACAUGCCUGUUUGAGGCUGCUGAUAUGAGGUCAGACAACUGAUAUAGGCAGUAUGAACAUGUAGGUGUGUCCUACUAACUGCCCCACCCCUACUGCUUUAACCUAAAGUAGGUUCAAGACCCUGGCCCAGCCCUAAAAUGCAAUUUGUAUGAAUCUACAAACAGCAGGGUCUGGAAGCAGAGAUACUGUCUGCUUAUGACAGUUCCUCAGAGUGUUAGAAAUAUCUAGUUGUACAAAGAGAGAUACCGUCCAUUUAUUAAACAAGUGUUGAAGCAGCCAGAGGACUAAUUGCACGAGUAAACAAAAACCUCUCACCUUGGGCAAGCUUAUGUGAAACAGUCUGAAUGCAAACUUCUAGGAAUAACAACAGAUCCGUUCCUUAGGACUAGCUAAAGUACCAGCAUAGGAGUCCAGCUAUACCUCGCCGUUCUUCCUCCACUCCGCUAGGUGGCAGCGCGCACACCUACCGCUCUCCCGAUAGGCUCUGCGCGGGCGCGCAUCUUUAAGCGAGCGGAAGAGCCGGGUGCGCAAGGGCAGCCCAGCAGGCGGAAGUAGCUCGCACGCCGGUAGCCGCCAUGCCGGGAGACCAUCGCCGCAUCCGCGGGCCGGAGGAGUCUCAGCCGCCGCAGCUGUACGCGGCCGAAGACGACGAGACGCCCGCUGCUCGCGACCCGACGCGGCUCCGCCCGGUGUACGCGCGCGCCGGGCUGCUGAGCCAGGCCAAGGGCUCCGCCUACCUGGAGGCGGGCGGGACCAAGGUGCUGUGCGCCGUGUCCGGUCCGCGGCAGGCCGAGGGCGGCGAGCGCGGCAGCGGCCCUGCGGGAGCGGGCGGGGAAGCUCCCGCUGCCCUCCGGGGUCGCCUGCUCUGCGAUUUCCGCCGCGCUCCCUUCUCCGGUCGCCGGCGUCGCGCGCCCCAGGGCGGCGGCGGGGAGGAUCGCGAGCUGGGACUGGCGCUACAGGAGGCUCUGGAGCCCGCCGUGCGCCUGGGGCGCUACCCGCGUGCUCAGCUCGAGGUGUCGGCGCUGCUGCUGGAGGACGGCGGCUGUGCGCUGGCCGCGGCGCUCACCGCGGCCGCGCUCGCCCUGGCCGACGCGGGAGUGGAGAUGUACGAUCUGGUGGUGGGCUGCGGCCUGAGCCUCACCCCGGGACCCUCCCCGACCUGGCUGCUGGACCCCACGCGGCUGGAGGAGGAGCACUCCGCGGCCGGUCUCACGGUGGCCCUCAUGCCUGUGCUCAAUCAGGUGGCCGGGUUACUGGGCAGUGGGGAAGGCGGGCAGACUGAGAGUUGGACCGAUGCUGUGCGCCUGGGCCUGGAGGGCUGCCAGCGCCUCUACCCAGUGCUGCAGCAGUGUUUGGUGCGGGCUGCCCGCCGGAGGGGUGCCGCCGCCCCACCCUGAUUGGAAAAAACCGGAGCGACGAGGAUUCGAGGACUGCUAUCGCCCUUCUCUCCCUAAAGGACCAAGCGCUGAUGGUCGCCUGACUCCGCAGAGCUGAGAAACGAAGAGUGGGGCAGUUGGGCGCACAGAACCAAAGCACUGGACAGCUCUGUUGGAAAGGUUUAAAAGGCCGUUGGAAACACGAUCCAGUUGGAGAGAUUUGAAAGCAGCCAUACUCCCAAGUUGGAAAGGACUUGGGCUGGAUUUACCUAGUAAAUGAGAUAAGGGGCUAUGGUCUUGUAGGAGAUGGACCCAGUGCAGGCCAGCCAUUGGCUCCAAUACAUAAUAAACUGAUUCUUUUGAGAGGAUGGACCAGGGGACUUUGCCUUCUCACUACUCAGAGUAAAACAUAAAAACUAUUUUAUGACUGGAAA